AUGCCCUCAUUUCGGGAGACAUCACUAAAAAAAGAAGCUGCAUCUGGCUAUGUAUCCCCAUUAUUGCAUCCUAAUGCUAAACAAUUAAAAGCCUCGAAAUCAAACGCAUCGUUGGUUAAAAGAUUUGCGAUAGGCACUAAACAAAAAUUAGUCAGACGUUCAAGUCUCUACAAGUUAGUCUUUUUCUUAUCAGUGGUUGGGUUGUCCCUGUGCUGGUUGACGAAUUGGCUCUCGCCCCACGAAUCCAAGGGGAAUUCCUCCUAUUCCAACCCGUCAGUGCGUCCUAAAAGUCACCCCAUGAUCACGCAAAUCAAACCCCCAAACGAAGGCCUGCCGCAGCAGAGCCCCGGAAGGGCGGACCGCGAGCGCGAGACCCGCACACCGCCGGUCGCACAGCCCAACCCCGAUAACCCCAACGCGGUGGUGGUGGUGGUUGGGGGAGGGCUGGCGGGCUGCGCCGCCGCGAUCGAGGCCGCGGAGCGGGGUGCGCGCGUGAUUGUUCUCGAAAAAGAGCCCAGGCUGGGUGGGAACAGCGCCAAGGCGACAUCGGGGAUCAACGGUUGGGGGACCGAUGCCCAGGUGGGUGAGGGGAUUCGGGACAAGGGUAAGUACUUCGAGCGCGAUACCUAUUUGUCCGGCCGCAAUGGCCAUUGUCAGGCGGGGCUGGUCGCGAUGCUCUCCGUGAAAAGCGCGGAUGCCGUGAGGUGGUUAACGCGCUGGGGGAUCGUCCUGACGAGGCUCACACAGCUUGGCGGGCAUCGCUGCAAACGAACCCACCGCGUGCCCGAUCGCGAGGACGGCACCCCCGUCCCCGUCGGCUUCACCAUCAUGCGGGGGCUGGAAACCCACCUCCGCGGCGAGCUUCAGGACCUCGUGAAGGUCGAAACGACCGCCCGCCUUUCGCGGCUGGUGUACGAAUCCGUGGUGUUGCCAACCGGGGAGCGCGCGAGGGUGAUCCGGGGUGUGGAGUAUCAUCGGACCACACCAAACGCGGGCGAGGAAAAGUUUCAGGUGGCCACAAACGCCGUCGUCCUCGCCACCGGAGGGUUCGCAAACGACCACACUACCACCUCACUCCUGCACGAAUACGCGCCAAACCUCCUGAACUUCCCCACCACGAACGGGGUCUGGGCUACUGGGGAUGGCGUCAAAGCAGCCCGGGAGCUCGGGGCCGAGCUGGUGGAUAUGGAUAAAGUGCAGCUCCACCCUACCGGGAUGAUUAACCCGAAGGACCCGCAGGCGAAGACGCUUUUUCUCGGGCCGGAGGCGCUCCGUGGGUCUGGGGGCAUUCUGUUGAACAAAAAAGGCGAGCGCUUUGUCAAUGAGCUUGGCCUGCGCUCCGUCGUAUCCCAAGCCAUCAUCGCCCAAGGCGACGAGUACCCGAACUCGCAGGGCCGCAGAUUCGCUUAUUGCGUUCUCAACAAAGAUGCUAUGGAGCUCUUCGGUAAAGGCGCUCUCGAAUUUUACUGGAAAAAGAUGGGUCUUUUUCACUUUGUGGAGAAUGUCCACGAUUUGGCGGAGCUCAUCGGGUGCGAGGAGUCUACCCUGCUUCAGACUCUGCGGCACUACAACGAUCUCAGCUCGUCCAACGGGACGUGCAGGCUCACCGGCAAGAAUGUCUUCCCAUGCGUUCUGGGGCCGCAUGGUCCGUUUUACGUCACCCAUGUCACCCCAUCCAUUCACUACACAAUGGGUGGCUGUCUGAUUUCACCUUCGGCGGAGAUUCUCCGUGUGGAUCCGACGAAUCCUUCCGGGGGGCCCCGUCCUAUUUUGGGGUUAUUCGGCGCCGGCGAGGUCACCGGUGGAGUGCAUGGUGGAAACCGCCUCGGCGGAAAUUCCCUGCUGGAGUGCGUCGUUUUCGGCAGGAUCGCCGGCGAACGCGCCGCGCAGGCUGCCUUGGAGGUCCUCCCUGCGCAAGAUCCGGGAAGCUUCCGAGGGAAUCCCGCCACAACGUCCGCGAGUUGGACGCGAGGGAGGGCCCAACUUCUCCUACCGGACGGCCUCACCUCGGGCGAGGUGGGAACCAGGCCAGAUAGGGGCUAUCAACUUGUGAUCACCCUCCCAAGCCCAUUCCACACCAGCGGGCUGGCGCUGCUUCAGCCCCUUGUGGUACGGCCCGCCUCCCCGGGCUCCGGGGCGCUGCCGCCCUUCCGAGGGGUGCCCCUGACCCUCCCGGAGGAGCUGGGGACGGUGUCUAUACCCUUGCCAUCCCCCACACCACCCGGGGAGGCGGCACCGGCCUGGGUCUACGCCCUACAACCCGGGGACGAAGUGGAACUGCAAGCGGGGCCGAUCGAAGCCCCGAUCCACACUCUCCACAACCGCCUCAGCCAACUCAACAAGGAAAGUGGGACGAAUCUCGUCAUCAUUGCCGCAGCCCCGGAGAGGGUCAACCCUAUGCUGCAGCUGCUGCGAGCGUCUUUGCUGCACCCGUUACGGGAAAAGCUGGAUAAUGUUCGGCUUUUGUAUGCCACGAAAGAAAUAACUGAAAUGAGUCAUCUGGGUAUUUUGAACGAUCUCUGCCGCGAGAGGGUGGAGUGUCUGUUCGCACUCGACAACCCACCACCAAAGUGGACUGAAGAAGUGGAAAUGGAUGAAUCCACAGUGAAAACAAUUCUUUCGUCUGCCGCAGACCCAAAUCAAUCCAUCAUAGUUGUAUUGACUCAACAAGCUGAGAAAAUAAAAAUGUUAAAACAAAUUCUUAUGGAAAAACGGUUUGAGGAGGGAAUCAGCUCAUUCAUCAUCACAUAA